AAGCCGGGCUGGCGUCAACUGGAUGCAGUUCUUUAUGGGAUUUGUAGUUUUUCUGGCGUUAGCUGGACCGUCAGUCAAAGGGACAAGAACUACAAGUCUCGGCGGCCCAAGCGUGACGAGCCCGGUCACGUGGAGGGGGCCGACCGGGCGUGCGUGCCGCCGUUGAUCCGGUGCUGCAGUGAGGAGGUGGUUCUCGCCCGUGUUGUGUGUGUGAGUGAGUGAGAGAGCGAGUGAGUGAGUGAGUGAGUGAGUGUGUGUGUGGGGGGACUCGGCUUGUUGUUGUCGGUGACUUCCCCCUCCCCUCCACCCCUCCCCCCUCCCUGCCGCCGCUGCAGUGGCCGCUCCCUGGGCCGUAGGAAAUGAGCGAUAACGAUGACAUCGAGGUGGAGAGCGACGAAGAGCAACCGAGGUUUCAAUCUGCGGCUGACAAACGGGCUCAUCAUAAUGCACUGGAACGAAAACGCAGGGACCACAUCAAAGACAGCUUUCACAGUCUGCGGGACUCGGUCCCCUCCCUCCAGGGAGAGAAGGAAGGUCAGGCCCCAGAACACCUGCCUUCUUGGCCUCCCUGGGGGGAAGGUCUCUCACCAGAUGAGGAAUGCCAGGUGACCAGAGGAUUCCGGCCUAUCCCUGUGACAACUCCCUGCCUCUGGCCAAGAUGUCCACUCACCCACUUGUUGCUGAAUGCCUGCCUUGGGACUCAGGAGCACAGGCCCUGCUCACAGUCAGGUCGAGGAGACAGACACACAGACAAACCAUGAAUGCGUGCCGAGUGCUGGGACAAAAGGAAACUGAAUUGCUCCCGGGAGCUUGGGAAACACAGAGCCUUUCCCACUCCUUAGGCUUCUGGGUCCGCAACUGCAGAAGGCGUGUGGGGGCGGAACCCGAGACAGCCCUCUUUGUCAUCACGAAGGCCCAUGGUCUGGAAUCUCACACACAGGAGGAGACUGGCCAUCUGGGAACAACUUCAGUAACUCCUAACACUGGGCGUUCUGAAGGAAUUUCCUGGUACCACUCACAAAUGAGAGACAUCAUGGAAAAUGUUAUUCUUUUAUUAUUUCAAGGAGGUAAUACACAGCCCAGUACACCACAGCAAUAGGGAAUUAGAGGCAGCAGCUGGCCAGGGUGUUUGAGAAGAGCCUCCUGGUGCAUCUCCAAGCUCCAUCUGCCCGCAGCUCACGGCUGCUUCCGUGAAGGCCAGGUCAGCGACACGGAGCUGGCUGUGACCGGAGCCGUGGACAGAGGACCCAACUCAACACCCCACUGACCGAGAAAGGGUUCCGUGUGGGCAGCAGAGGCCCUGCCAGCUGCACACCACGGGCAGCGCUCAGCCUGCUGCAGCCAGGUCUACACGGCUGCUGCCUUCAUGGCAGCUGCCUUCACGGUAGCCAGCUUGUCUCCCACUUGAUCUUCUUUCUGUGAGCCUGGAGUGGGCAGGGUGUGAAUAAAUCCUGAGUCAGAAAUUAA